GCUCCGGUGUGUUCCUGAAUGGCCACUGGACGUGGUCAGUUCUUUGUGAGUCUGAGGCAGGGGUUCGAGAGGACUCAGCCAGGUAGACAUGGACAUGGAGGAAACUGUGGAGGAAGCAAAAAGAGAAAAGCUGCGCGUGAUGGCCGCAGCAGGAGGGACAUUUGUAGGGCUGAGUGCUCCAAACCCCCGCCCCCACCUUCACCCUCUCAGGUAGUCUGUAGCCCCGCCCAAUCCUGGUCCCUGGAAAAUUACUUUAAAAGAUUACCACCCGAGAUCAUCCUGAAGAUUUUCUCCUAUUUGGAUGCGGCGUCUCUCUUCUGCGUUGGUUUUGUGAACCGACAGUUUCACGAGCUGGCAAAUGACAAUGUGAUGUGGUAUGAGUUAUACUCCUGCGAGAUCAGCAGGAGGAAAUGGAGGCCGAGGUUGCGCAAGAUGCCGGACUCUCUGAGCGCUGAUGUGCAGGAAGUCCCGGCGGCGGUGUGGAAGAAGCUGCUGUUCAGUGAAAUGGGCUUUCAUAAGGACGCAGUGUGGAAGAAGGAGCUGAGACACACGAACCCCAACACGGGCAUGCCGACGCAGACAGAGCAGGUCCUCAGGAGUCUGCGUGUCGUCUGGGAGAUCACGCUGACCCAUAAGGGAGGGAAGCAGAGCAUGUACGAGCCGUCUCAGGUCGCUUUCUCGGACUCGUCCGUCAUCGUGUGCUGGAGCGGCGGCGUGUGGCCGCAGAUUCACCACAUCUUUAGCAUGCAGCUCCAUGGAGUCCUGGGUUCCCCCUCAGCUGUGCCAGCCAAGCCGCAGUGGCGCUCUCUGAUCAGUAAGACGAUGGUGAGCUGGACCAGGAAGUGGAGAUGCAUUGGGAUGGACCGGCUGGUGAAAGUGAUGCAGCUUGGUGAAGGGAUCACGGUGGGAGUGUGGAGAGGCACGUGGAUAAUCGCCUUCAUCAUGGCCACCUUACACUUCCACAGACUGGUGGAGAGAAGUGUUCUCGGAUCACUCUUCUGCCCCUACAGGCCAGACGAGAUCAGCCCCCUGCACACUGACGUCCCCCCGGGAUUCCGGGCUCAUGGUUACACGGUGCUCGUGCUGCUUCACAACUCGGUGAGCCGCAUUAUGCACUGCCGUUUCUCACCAGUGCUCUGCACCAGAGACCAGUUCCACAGUCAGUGUGUGCAGCUCCGACCUGUGAACAGCAGCAUGUGUCAGAAACACACUCCCAUCUCGCGUAAGAUCAGCUUCCCCUGGAAGGCUGGAGAGCUGCAGGGAGACAUCAAGGACUGCUGUGUGAUGACGGUGUCGGUGCUGAACGAGGCUCAGACGCCGGUGUGGUGCAUCAGCUCGUGUGCUGCUCUCAGCCCCAAGCACUCCCACGUGGUGUGUAAGACGUACGACGGCGAGCAGUUUGUGCUGUGGUACGGAGACACGGACGGGAAGCUGAAGAUGACCCUGGUGUGGAUGCAGGAUCUGCAGAUGUACUUCCUGAUCGGCCUCCACAUCUGGAUCCACACGAAGAGGGUCAAGCCACGCCUCCACAAAGCCCUUCACAACAAAUUCUGACCCGUCUCCGAGUUAUAAACAAAUGUUCUGUUGAAGUGAUGUUAUGUCAACCUGGUGUAGGUGGAUUAGUUCGAAGAUUUGGUUUAUAGCUGGACUGAAGUCCACAGUUUUUGUUUGUUUGUUUGUUGGCUGCACGUUAAUUAAA